AUGAAAUUCUUCGUUAUAUUUUCUGCAACUCUUUUCUUUGCAUUAAUUUUAUCAAUCAAAGCUCAUACACCAGGAACAGUAACUGUUGAUAGCUUAACAUUUGAUAAAGUUGUUCGAAAUUUCGAUGUCGUCUUAGCUAAAUUCGACGAUAAAUAUCCUUAUGGUGACAAUCAAGAUCAAUUUAAAAAAUUCGCUGAAAGUGCAGCUAAUACAAAAAAUCUUCUUUUAGUUGAAAUUCCAAUAACAGAUUAUGGUGAAAAAGAAAAUGAACAAUUAGGAGCUGAAUAUAAAGUAACCAAGGCUGAUUUUCCUGCCUAUAAAUUAUUUCUUAAAGGAAAAUCUAAACCAAUUGAUCAUACAGGUGAUAAAACUGAAGAUGGUCUUAAACAAUUUCUUUCACAACAUACAAAUCUUUGGUUUGGUUUACCAGGUACACUUGAAGCAUUAGAUCGUUUAGCACGAGAAUAUUUUGAUAUAUCAUCAGCCGGUGAUGAAACAAAUCAAAAAACAUUACUUGAAAAAGCACGAGAACAAGUUAAAGGUUUCGUUGAUAAAAAAGAGCAAAAAAGUGGUGAAUCUUAUAUAAAAAUUAUGGAAGCAGUUGCUAAACAAGGUGUAGAUUUUCUUAAACGUGAAGGACGACGUGUACAAAAUUUACUUAAAGGAAAGAUUACUGAUACAAAAAAAGAAGAAUUACAACAUCGUUCAAAUAUUCUUUUAUCAUUUAAAUCACUCAAAGAAUCUGUAACUGAUACACUUGAUGCAGCUAAAGAUACAGUUGUUGAUACUGCAGAAAAAGUUAAAGAAGCUGUUACGGGUGAAAAAGAUCUUUAA